AUGAGCAAAUGCUGUGUGCUGCAGAAGGGCUGUGUGCUGCAGAAAUGCUGUGUGCUGCAGAAAUGCUGUGUGCUGCAGAAGGGCUGUGUGCUGCAGAAGGGCUGUGUGCUGCAGAAGGGCUGUGUGCUGCAGAGGGCUGUGUGCUGCAGAAGGGCUGUGUGUUGCAGAGGGCUGUGUGUCGCAGAAGGGCUGUGUGCUGCAGAAGGGCUGUGUGCUGCAGAGGGCUGUGUGCUGCAGAGGGCUGUGUGCUGCAGAAGGGCUGUGUGCCGCAGAGGGCUGUGUGCCGCAGAGGGCUGUGUGCCGCAGAAGGGCUGUGUGCCGCAGAAGGGCUGUGUGCUGCAGAGGGCUGUGUGCUGCAGAAGGGCUGUGUGCCGCAGAGGGCUGUGUGCCGCAGAAGGGCUGUGUGCCGCAGAAGGGCUGUGUGCCGCAGAAGGGCUGUGUGCUGCAGAGGGCUGUGUGCUGCAGAAGGGCUGUGUGCUGCAGAAGGGCUGUGUGCUGCAGAAGGGCUGUGUGCUGCAGAGGGCUGUGUGCUGCAGAAGGGCUGUGUGCUGCAGAAGGGCUGUGUGCUGCAGAGGGCUGUGUGCUGCAGAGGGCUGUGUGCCGCAGAGGGCUGUGUGCCGCAGAAGGGCUGUGUGCCGCAGAAGGGCUGUGUGCUGCAGAGGGCUGUGUGCUGCAGAGGGCUGUGUGCUGCAGAGGGCUGUGUGCUGCAGAGGGCUGUGUGCCGCAGAAGGGCUGUGUGCCGCAGAGGGCUGUGUGCUGCAGAAGGGCUGUGUGCUGCAGAGGGCUGUGUGCUGCAGAAGGGCUGUGUGCUGCAGAGGGCUGUGUGCUGCAGAAGGGCUGUGUGCUGCAGAGGGCUGUGUGCUGCAGAGGGCUGUGUGCUGCAGAGGGCUGUGUGCUGCAGAGGGCUGUGUGCCGCAGAAGGGCUGUGUGCCGCAGAAGGGCUGUGUGCCGCAGAGGGCUGUGUGCCGCAGAGGGCUGUGUGCCGCAGAGGGCUGUGUGCCGCAGAGGGGCUGUGUGCUGCAGAGGGCUGUGUGCCGCAGAGGGCUGUGUGCCGCAGAGGGCUGUGUGCUGCAGCUGCAGAGGGCUGUGUGCUGCAGAGGGCUGUGUGCUGCAGAGGGCUGUGUGCUGCAGAAGGGUUGUGUGCCGCAGAGGGCUGUGUGCCGCAGAGGGCUGUGUGCCGCAGAGGGCUGUGUGCUGCAGAGGGCUGUGUGCUGCAGAGGGCUGUGUGCUGCAGAGGGCUGUGUGCUGCAGAGGGCUGUGGUUGGGACAGAAAGAACCAACCCUUAUGCAGUAGCCCCUGCUCUCAUACCACUUGCUGACAGCUGA